UGGCUGUUUAACACUAGCUUGACGCAGCGUGUAAUUCGCUAGCAGCCACGUCUCAACCUAAGGUGCCUAACAACCUGUUACCUUUAGGGAGCCGCACGUUUUCCGGUCGGACCGAGGUUUUAGUUACUGCUCCGUCAUGUAGUGCAGCAUAGUAAACAUGGCGGGUGGUUUAAUGGGAGGAGGCAUUCCCUUUGUUGCAGAAAACAAACACAGCUAGCUAGCGUUAAUGUGCAGCUUCCUCCUUUGGGAAACCUCUACAGAGCAGCUGGCUCUGCAGUCCAGGCUGAAGCGAGCAGAUUUACCCAGAGAGAGACUGAAGAGGCUCAUAGUUUUCAUUGUUCGUCAGAAGAUGAACUAACCAUCAGACCCGCUCACCGGCUACACCAGUCCCCCGUGAAUCCACCCAGUCAGCAGGUGAGAUGAAGGGCAACAAGCAGCCGGCCAAGCAUUCGCUCUGGCACUUCCUGUCGCCGUUCCACACCCGCCAGCAGCGGGUGGUGCUGGCCCGGAGCGAGAGCCUGCCGGGAGAGCAGGUGCUGAAGAUCACGGUUACAGAGACCACGGUGAUUGAGGCGGAGUCCGGCGUGUGGAACUGGCGCUCCAUGUCCUACCUGGGUCUCUGGUACUUCUUCAGCUUCUGCACCCUGUUUCUCAACAAGUACAUCCUGUCGCUGCUCGAGGGGGAGCCCAGCAUGCUGGGUGCUGUUCAGAUGCUGUCCACCACCAUCAUAGGCUGCCUGAAGAUGUUCAUUCCCUGCUGCCUCUACAAGCACAAGUCCAGAUCUGAAUAUCCAUCCAACUUCAUCAUGAUCAUGCUAUUUGUUGGACUAAUGAGGUUCACCACAGUGGUUCUGGGAUUGGUGAGUCUGAAGAACGUGGCGGUGUCAUUCGCUGAAACGGUGAAGAGCUCGGCGCCCAUUUUUACUGUGAUCAUGUCCAGGUUGAUCCUUGGAGAAUACACAGGCCUCUGGGUAAACCUGUCCCUGUUUCCUGUCAUGGCUGGCCUGGCCCUCUGCACGGCGUCGGAGAUCAGCUUCAACAUGCUCGGAUUCUGCGCCGCGCUCUCCACUAACAUCAUGGACUGCCUGCAGAACGUUUUCUCCAAGAAACUGCUGAGUGGGGACACGUACAGAUUUAGCCCCCCAGAACUGCAGUUUUACACCAGUGCAGCAGCAGUCAUUAUGCUGAUCCCUGCCUGGGUGUUCCUCCUGGAUGUCCCAGUAGCUGGAAAGAGUGGACAGAGCUUCUUGUUCAAUCAGGACAUUAUCCUGUUGCUGCUUUUUGACGGCGGUCUGUUUCACCUACAGAGUGUCACGGCCUACGCCCUGAUGGGCCGGAUUUCCCCCGUCACUUUCAGUGUCGCCAGCACGGUGAAGCACGCCCUGUCGGUUUGGCUGAGCGUCAUCGUGUUCAGCAACCAGAUCACCCUGCUCAGCGCCACCGGCACCGUCGUCGUCUUCUUCGGCGUCCUCUUGUACAACAAAGCCCGGCAGAUGCAGAGGGAAACCUUGCAGGCUAUGGUAGCCGAGCAGAGCAACAAACCACUCCUGCAGGACCAGGACUUUGAACCCUCACAGACUAAGUGACGAUUAAAUGCCACAUAUUCCAGAUAAAAGACGGCCUUCUUGGAGACGAAGUUGAACGGGGACCUCUGUUAGAUAAACCCUUCUGCAUUCCUGUGGAACGAGACAAACAGUAUUUCUUAACCACCCGUUUUGACCUCAUGACCCCUUUAAGCGUCCUCUUUUUCUUUUUUUUUUUUUUUUAAGCGGUCAACAUGAGAAGCUCAGGGAAGCGCUGCUUGGUUCUUCGUCUGUGGUAAAGACGCUGCUAAACGUGUCGGAGCUGCAGCUUUUAAACUGUCACGGGUCGUGCAGUCCGCACUGCAUCGUCCAGUGCAAACCUUGAAAACUCACUGAAGGUUAUAAUAUGUGAAAGAGUCCUUGGUGCCUGAUUUUUUGUUGUUGUCGUUUGGCUUGACACAUUUAUAGGAAAUGUGAAAUAACAGAAAGCCAUGAUUUGCAUUCCAGGAAUGCUUCUGUCAUGUAAGUGUUUGUUUUUGUUUCUUCGCCGGUUAUCAAUCAUCGUCACUAUUAUUGUUCUACUCUUUCAUGAAGUUUUGUGCUGUAUGAGAUAUGAAGGUGCAGCUUCAUAUUUUCCUUUCUUAUCAGAUUUACAGCAAGAGCUGAAUGAAUCGAACAUAAACAUUUUAUUAACGUUCAGCGUUCACUUCACGUUGCUGCUCUUUGUUUUGGUUGACCGUUUUCAAGUUUGUGCAUACAAACAGAUCUGGAUGUUUUUGUCAUCUUCAAACUUACAUUUGUUUUUAAAUAAAGAAGGUGAAAACAACCAACCAUAAGCUGUAUAUCUGAGGUUUUCCAGACUAAGGAUGUAAAUCUGUCUGUGAGAGUUUAUCGAUAUGCUGCUCACUACAGAAAAAUAAAAGGUUUCCUCCCUUCCAACCUGCA